AAUACCGCAUACAGACUGCACUACAGAAGACAAAGCGAGGCAGGAGAUCACACGACAGCGGUUGGGGAGAAGCAAUGUAUGGUAUUGAUACUAUCGCGGACAAUGUAUUCUCUUCUCGAUGGGAUACAUGUGUACUAUCCUCCCAAUCGUUUCACGAUCAUUAUCAGCAGUGACGAGUCCUCUGCUGCCUCGUCGCCCUCACCUCCCCUCGCGAUACAUCGUCGCGCUGAGUACUUCGAGGACCUUGAUCCUCAGGACGAUGCCAUUGUCAGCAACAGCGACGAGUCUGCCGCCUCCGCCUCUCCCUCACCUCCUCCCUCGAGGUAUUGUCGCGCCAAGCGCAGGCAGACCCCGGCUUCUGACUCAGAUGCGUCAAGGACCAGAUCAACGGCAAGGGCACGGGAAUGACUCCUCGGAAGCUCAAGAGGAGGACUCAGACGAAGAGGUUCCCAUCAGCCAUCAUGAUUACGAAGUUGCGGCCGACGCAAUUUCACUAUCGAUACACAACACCAUAGUCUAUUCAUGCAGCCUUACUCCUGCUUUGAGAAUAUACAACUCAUCACAAGAAGCUCACGCUCUGUUACCGGCUGUCACUUUCCACUCGACUCCUGCCAAGAAAACGCUGCCUGGCUCGCUGCAAGACGAAGGCAUGGUCUACCGUACCCUGACGACUGGGUCUCAUGCGCCAACAGUGUGGACCUUGCUCUCAAAUACCUGCUAGGUGCAUUGUGAAGAUAGCCAGGAGAUGAGAUCGGCAACAU